AUGAGCGAGGCGGAACUUCGCCUCUUCGAGUUGCUUGACAGGACGGAGGCGGCGGAGUCGGGCGCCGUGCCCCUCGCGUCUCUGCAGGAGGCCUGCACUGAGGUGCCGUACGUGUCGGCCAGGCUCGGCGGCAGGCGGCGAUACCAACUCUACCGCGGCCUGCUCCUGGACCGGCCCCCAACCGCGGUGCCAGACGCCUUCCGGCAGCAUGCGGGGGAGGCGGGCGAGAUCCACAAGCGGGUGGCGGCGCGCCUGCACGGGGUCCUGGGCGGAGACGCGCUGCUCGAGGAGGCGGACCUGCAGGGGUUUGUCUGCUACUUCGCCUCCGAAACCGGGUGCGACUUUGACGACGAGAUGACGGGCAUUACGCUCGCACUUGCCACGGUGGUUGCUGCCGCAGAGUUGACGCCUGGCGCGGAGAAACUUCGCCGGCUUUAUCAGCUGCUCGAGGUGUUGCGCAAGGAUUUUGUUGUGCCCAGCGCUUCUCGCGCCUUUGACGGCUCCCUUGCGCCGCUUCUGCGCCUGCUGUUGCAGUACCACGACCCGUGCCUCGCGCGCCACCUUGACCAGCGCGUUGUCAACGUCGGGGCGGUGCUCCUCGACUGGGCGCGGCGCCUCUUUGUGGUGGGCGACGGCCUCCAGGAGGCGCUCGGAGUCUGGGACUGGCUGUUGAUUGUGGGGGACCCCACAAUGACGGUGUACUUCGCCCUCUCGUACCUCGUAGCCCACCGCCAGCGCUUUCUCGCCAUGGAAACACACGAGGAGCUGGCGGAGGCGCUCCGAGCCCCCGCCUUUGCGCUGCCCACGCGAAAGGAGGACGCGGUGGACCCCGCGCUGCACGACGGCAGACCUGUUUCCUUCCUCUCGCUCAGGUCCGGCAAGUCGCUGGCGCAGAACGCGGAUAUCGCCUACCAGAGUACCCCGCACUCCACCCGUUGCGUGAUUGACGCCUUGCUGUUUCCUGACGAGGGCGGCCUAGGCAAGAGCCCCGACGCCUUGGAGAAGUAUUACACCGCCUACACGGCCUUGCCGCUGGAGCGCUCUGACUUCGCCGAGUCCUUCGCCGUGCAGCCCGCCGCGCAAACGGAACUGGCCGCACUGGGCUACGUCGUGCUAGACUGUCGUUCCCGUGCAAGUUAUGACUUUGCCCGACUUCCAAGCGCCAUUCACGUCGGGGACGACAUCGGCUUCGAUAACGAGAAGCUUGACAAGGUGGUCGCGAAGCUGGGGGACGUCCGAGGGACCCAUCUCUGCGUCUUUGGCACAGGCCGGCCCAUCACGGAGGAGUUCAACCUCCUCAAGCUGGUGUCCCUGCACCUCGUGCAGAGCGGUUUUCCGUACGUGAGCAUAGGCGGGUUUCGCGCCCUUGUUCCUCUCAUAAAGGCGCAGGCAGUCACCAUCACACGCGCCUCAACGGUCGACAUGGCACGAGGGGAGGUAAUGAGCUCCGUCACGGCGUUGAAGAACGGCCUGGCGGAGAUGCUGCCGCAUCUUGAGUUUGACAAGGAGGAGGCGCGGCGAAGGGCGGAGGCGGUUGGCCACAAGGCGAAGGAGGGCGUGCAGGCGGUGAAGUCGUGGGGGUGGAGCAUGGUGCGGCGCGUGGGCCAGCGACUGGCCUCUAGCGGCACAUCUUCCCCCACUGCAAACCCCACGGCGAGCGCAGCGGCGAGUGAGGAGACCGGCAACGGCGGUGGCGGCGGUAGAGGCGGUCGUUCCCUUCGGCCGGCGCGUGCGACAGCGGCCCAGCACGCCUUCUCGCUGGGCGCCGGCGACGACGCGGGUGACGAGGACGAUUUCGACCUCAUCACCAGCGUCCCUCUCUACACCGGCACCGCCGUCGCCCACCGCGAGGGUGAGCGGGUUGUGAAGGGGGCGCUUCUCGCGCAGUCGUCCUCCUCGCCGCCCGAGGGGGAGGAGGUGGAGGCCUCCCCCGCCGCAGCCGACCCCGCGGCCCCCCCGACAGCCAAGCGCAUUCUUAUGGAAAUAGAUGAGGAGUUUGACCGGCUCUUCGGCGACUCCACCCCACCGCGGGGCACUUCGUCUGAGGCGGCAGCGGCGACACCGAAAGAGGAGCAGGCGCCUCAAGGCGACGCCGCUGCUGACGCAAAGAGUCCCCUUGAAUGA